GUCCCGAGCGAAGUCACGCAUGCAAGCACAGCAGGGCACAGCACACGCCAAGAAACACUGCAACCGCCUUCAGUUGUCUUACAGCUGCAAGCACCAUGGCUGGUUGGCCGCAGACCUGAGAAUGCGGGCGCUCCCUAUGAGCGGCCAGUAAACGCGCGGACCAUACGCUGCAGAAAUGUGGCCAGGAAGCGGACCAGCCAUGCCCGGGCAUUAAGCUGGACAUGCAUAGGUUUCGCGCUGGACGUGUCGGUUUCAAUCCCAACAGUAAAAUGUACAGUAUAUUUAAGCCACGUUUAUUUAAUGCACAUUCAAGAGACAUGGAAAUGGACGCCCCGAAAGAGGACGGCAAACCGCCCGCCCAUCCAUGUUGCAACUUCAAAGGUCCCCUGCACGAGUCAUAAAGUAGCAGCGACCUAGUAUGUUGAUGGCGUUGGAAUGAAUAGAUAAGUUACAGUUAUACACUCGGAGCCCAGUGCAACUCUGGAGCGAGUGACAUCCAGGUUCCUUGCUCACAUAACAAAGCGCACGCAUACCAGGCUCCUUUCUGUUACACAUUAUCAAGAGAACCCUAGUACAUACCUGGAUCGCCUUAGAUAAGUUUCUGUUCGUAAAAUGAUGCGCUGCCUCCGACUCCAAGCUCGCUGGGCCGUCCUGGUGGGCAUAGCAAUUGCUAUCCUUGGAAUCGUUAGCUGCACGGCUGCAUCUGGCCGAUCGUUGCUGCAUGCCAACAUGACCAUGGGUACGAUGACAAACCUGACCGGCACCACCAUCAUGACCACCGAUAAGAAGUCAAGCUACAUUGUCGCCGACCGGAGCCUCGCUCGUCAGGCGUACCCCUGGUGUGUUACCUCCACGACCACCUCCUACUUCCUGCAACCGUCUGUCAACAAGACCCUGAGUACAAAGGACUACAUCGAGUAUUCUUUCGAGAUGGAUGAGAAUUACGACUUCUGCAAGCAGAUUCUGGCCAAGAAGCAGAAGAGCGCAGCCGCGAUUGCCAGGAUGUGCAACACGCCCUUCUACAGUUUCAUGAUUGCCGUUUCGGAUGAGUGCCACGAAGCCAUCAUGAGCGUCCUGACAGUGCAGAUGUACGCCGUCGAGAAUGUGGCUGGCAAGAACGCCACGGAGAUGUAUGCCCACGCGCACAAGGGCCACGACACCGGUGUACCGCUGCUCAAGUACCUGAUCAAGCCCUCCUACUUGAAGCCGGCAUCUACGGCCGCGCGGGCCCAGCGCCACUUCACGCUGACCAUGCGCAUUAACAAGCGGACCGACAACAAGUGCCAGGACCUCAAGACCCUGUGCGGCGGUGACACGUGCAUGGUGGCGCUGAGCGAUGAGGAGUACAACACCUGCCCCGCGUUCUACUCUAAGUUCAAGGGCAUGUAAGCGGGUGGAGAAGACAUAAAUAUAAAAAGAGCAUGCUCGUGUCAAGCAUCACUAGCGUCUCGUCGAGACUUUGGGGCACUCAAUUUCAUUGGGUCGGAAUGUUGGUGGUGGUGUUAUGCCACGGUUGCGGUUUCCCAAGGCGGCAAUGAACGCCCGCAGCACCCGCACUGUCACACGCACUGCCAUGGCUGGGCGUUCUCCCUAGCACUGGCAUGUAUGAGGCUGCGCCUUUGGUGUUCUGUACAUAUGUGAUAUUUGGUGCUGCGUUAGUGUUGUAAUUAUUGAAACGGGGAACCUGAUUUGGUGCCAGGCCUAUGUGCCAGGCCCCAGCUCUUGCCAAGUAGGUUAUAACCACUGUGGAUCCAGUCACGCAUAUUCUUUAAGCUAGUACAAGCGCAUCACGCGUGCAUGCCUGUGUGGGUGCGUGUACCGUAUGUUUGCGGAUGUUCCUUAUGCCUAGCGCACAUAAAAUGAUAAAAUACACUUGCUCAUGAUGUGCGCGCAUGCGUCUGGCUGACGAGUCAAACAAAGACAAGUGUCCAAGCACUCUGCUUCUUUGGUCGUGUUUGAGCAGUCAUAUGCUGCCGGACGUCAAGAGCUCAGGCUCAUAUGCUUGGUGAAGUGCCUCCAUCCAGCCUGAUUCUUUUAGUCUGCUAGCCAGUGCACUAGGAUUUGGGACCUUUGAAAACUCGGCAUGCCCCCCUUCUGUACGGCGUGCAGCAGUAGAGAGCACGUGUGCUUGUGCUAUACGGCGGAGGCGGGGCGCUGUACAGCAGUCGAUAGGGAUUCACAUGUUACGUGUAGGUUACAGCGCGUGCGUGUAACAACAACAAAGA